AUGGCUCCCCCGGCGGCGUUGCAGGAGGACAUCGAUGGCUACUGUGGUGACUCGCUCAUCGGCGUCUCCAUUGCCAUCGCCGUCGUCCAGACUAUCGUCGUGGCGGCGCGGUUCUACACGAGGUUGAUGCAGAGGGUGAAGUGUGGAUUGGAUGACUACCUGAUCAUUCUUGCAUUGAUGGCCAGUAUAGGACAGUCUGUUCUCUAUGUUCUCUUGGUCGAACUAGGAACAAUCGGCCGCCAUGUUGCAUACGUCGCCCAACGCCCCGAGAAGCUGGUGAUACUCCAAAAGGGCCUCUACGCAAACCAAAUCCUCGAUUUCCCCUUUACCGUAGCGCCCGCCAAGCUGUCAAUCCUCCUGUUCUUCAUCCGCAUCUUCGACUUCACCAAGUUCAAGAUCCUUGCCUAUGUCGUCGGUGCACUCGUGCUCGGCCACGGCAUCGGGGUUCUUCUCUCGGCUAUCUUUCAAUGCUCGCCUAUUGCGUAUACCUGGGACAAGACGAUUGUGGGAGGGUCCUGUUUUGACCAGGAGGCCUUUUAUCGUUAUGUCUCGCCGCCGAAUAUCUUGACGGAUGUUCUGAUCUUGUUGAUGCCGUUGCCUUUUGUCUGGGGGCUUCAUACUCGGCUUGGACAGAAGCUUGCGCUGACGGGGGUGUUUCUAUUGGGAUCUUUAGGGAUUGUCUUCAGCAUUCUGCGCAUGACAACCUUCUUCCAACACAAUGCCAUGACCGACCCAACGUGGGUCUCCGUCGACCUAGGCAUCUGGACCAUCCUCGAAAGCGGAACCAUCAUCAUCGCCGCCUGUCUCCCCCCGAGCUGGCCCUUACUAUCCAGGAUGUUCCCUCGACAGCUGCUCACGAAGACCUCCAAAUACCCCAACCUUCCUAGUUGCAGUGGCAGGAGGCAGAACGUGUUGGGUGGACAGAGGUACUCCCCGUUCGGGGAGAGCUGUGAAAGGGCUACUUGGUCUGAGUCCCAGGUUGACUCUGAGAGUGGAACGUUGGAUGGACAUACAGAGGGGGUUUCGUUGAAGAAGAGUAUCUCGUGGGUUCGAGAAUUAUGA